AUGCGGCUCGCACACCUUCAUCUCCCGCAUACAACACCCUUCGCGAGAGUCUCAGACCUCCAACAAGCCCUCACCACGCGAUUCCUCGCUCACAAGAAGCUCGCUUCGCCCGCCUCAAUUUCUUCACAAGGACGCUCGCCCUCGAAUCAUCUAAUACAGAGCGCCAACCCGCCGCCGCCCGAUCCAACCAUCAUCACAUUUACCCCAAACCCAGUCUACACAACCGGCCGCCGCGACUUGCCACCCUCCAACACCUGCUCCUCCCCUACUUCUCCGCUCUCCCUCCCUCCUCCCCUGGAACCAAUCCGCUCUAUCCUGACUCCCUCCGGCUCAACCCCACCGAAAGCAGAAUACCACCCCACCCUCCGCGGCGGCCAAACCACCUAUCAUGGCCCUGGCCAGAUGGUCGCCUACACAAUCCUCGAUCUCCGCCGCCUGGGGCUGACCCCGCGAUGCCACAUCCGCGUGUUGGAAAAUAGCGUCAUUGACCUUCUCAAGAGCUACAAGGUCAACGGCUUCACGACCGAAGAUCCAGGUGUCUGGGUCCAGGACCCCUAUGCGGCUGCGAGCGCUGCGCCGAAGAAAAUCACUGCGGUCGGGGUCCACUUGCGGCGGAAUAUUAGUAGCUUCGGUAUCGGGUUGAAUGUUACCAAUGAACCUAUGUGGUUCUUCCGCCAGAUCGUGGCGUGCGGGUUGGAGGGGAAGGAGGCUACGAGCUUGGAGGGUGUCGGCGUGCGGGCUACGGUAGAUGCUGUUGCGAAGCAGUUUGUGGAUUCGUUUGUUGGGAGGAUCAAUGCUGAUUUUGCGUGUGGAGAGGGCGCGACUGGGGAGAAAAUUGAAGAGGUAUAUCAGGUUCGUGAGGGGGAUUUGCUGCAGUCAGCGUGA